GCCAACAUGCCCAGCAAGACCAGAGUCUACAACUGGUUCAUUGCCAUGGUAGCUGCGUCUUGUAUGACGCUCUACGGCUUUGACUCCAGUGUUUUCAACGCUCUCCAGGCCUCAGAGAACUGGCUGAACUGGUUCAAUCUCGACCUCAAGAAUGACAGUUACACUGUCGGUCUCAUCAACACAUGCUACACCAUCGGUGCUAUCGUUAGUGGUUUCUUCAUUGGUGGCCCCCUGGCUGAUUGGCUCGGUCGACGUGCCGGUAUGGGUAUUGGUUGCUUCAUCACCAUCAUCGCCGCUAUCAUCCAGGCUUUUGCCCCUAAGGGAAAGCUUGGUGUCUUCAUUCUCGGCCGUGUCCUCAUCGGUAUUGGUCAGGGCACCGCUCUCACUGCUGGCCCUGUUUACAUCGGUGAAGUCUCCCCCCCUGAGAUUCGAGGUCAGGUUAUGACCUUCUGGCAACUCUUCUACUCGGUCGGUGCCUUUAUUGCCUACUGGAUCAACUUCGCCUGUGGCAAGAACCGAGAGAAGCUCGGCGAGUGGGAUUGGCGCAUGGUUGUUAUCUUCCAGGUCCUCGUUCCCAUCUUGGUCAUCAUCCUGCUCCCAUUCCAGCCAGAGUCUCCCCGUUUCCUUAUCAAGAAGGGCAAGAUCGACGAUGCCCGGUCCGCCCUUCGAAGUAUCCGUGACACUGAGGAGGAGGUUGAGGAUGAGGUCCUGGCUAUCCAGGCUGCUAUCGAGUACGAGAAGGAGGCCAUCAGCCCUGGAUACCGUGCCCUUUUCAAGGACCCCUCUAUCAGGAAGCGCUUCGGUAUUGCAGUUGUCCUCAACGUCGGCCAGCAGCUCACCGGCCAGGGUACCCUCAACACCUACUCCACUUCCAUUUACAAGCAAGUCUGGACCUCGACUGAAAAGAUCAACCUCAUCAACGCUUUGUGGGCCACCAUGGGUAUUCUAUUCACUUUGAACGCUGUAUGGACCGCCGAUCGCUUUGGUCGCCGAUGGCUCUUCAUGGUCGGUGCCGCGGGUAUGGCCCUCUGCAUGUUGAUUGUUCCCGUCAUUGGCCUCGCUACUCCCACCCCCAAGACCGAGCCCACUGCUAUUGGCAUUGUUGUCAUGCUCUACCUCUUCAUCUUCUUCUACAAGCCUUCAUGGGGUGCCGGUGUCUGGAUGUGGACCAGUGAGGUCUUCUCCGCCAACGUCCGAACCCAGGCCGUCGGUAUGGCCUCUCAGUGCCAGAAUGUGGCCAACACCAUUUUCCAACAGUUCUUCCCAACAUUCCUCGCCAAGACUGGCCUCAAGUGCCUCUUCUUCUUCUUUGCCGUCAAUAUCCUGCUCUGCGUUUUCGUGUUUUUCUUUGUCCCUGAAACCAAGGGUAUCUCCCUUGAGCACAUGGAUACUGUUUUCGGUGGUGCCGAUCACACUGAGAAGGGCGCCCAGAUGCUCGGCGUUGACGCUGCUCAGCAUCAGACCCAGGAGUUCAAGGACGGGGCUGAGAUUCAGCAGAGCGAGAAGAAGCGCGAGUCUGUUUAAAUCUACUGUAAUUGAUGGGGGAUUUGAGUUAGGAUAAUUCUGCAUCUCGGAAUUCGAGAUGCGGGAGGCAAUCGUUUUAG